GAUGCAAGUGAUACGCGAAGAGUCAAUACACAAGCUCACAUAUGUGGUAUCAUCGACGGUGAGGUACGUCGAGGGUACGGUAACUUCACACUGCGGCGUGUCGGCACGGACACGCGUUGGCCCUGUUGUUUCAACAGCCUGGACAUGACAUCUAUCAUUCCGAUGAACUGUGCAUAUGGCUAACGAUCAUCAGCCUGAGAGGCUAUCGGAGCAUGUCAGACACGUCGUACGGACGUCAUGUACUAGGCCGUGUCAUGGACCUGUGCCGAUGGCGGUAUUAUAUGUAGCUUGCCGUAGUUGCAACGAAACUGUGGACCUCGACAGUGCUGUGAAGAUGCCCCAGGUCUCUGUUGCAAGCGCGUCUCUAGCUGCCGCAGCAGUCGAAAGCUUUUUGUAUGGCAUAUUCCUCAUUCUUGCCUUCGCAUCGAUCUACUUCCACUUCUCCCGGACGGCUGCAUCUCACCAGGACUUCAAACGUACCAUCUUGGCUUUGUUUAACCCUAUCCUUGUAGGGUCAAUACUCAUUACAAUCACAGUAACAGGGCACUGGAUCACUAUUGUCGCACGGCUCUUUGAUGCCUUCAUCUACUUUGACAGUGGAGCAUCUCCAUCAGCAUACUAUGCCAUGUUGCCUUUACCCACUGCGGUUGUGAAGACAGCAUUCCUUAUGGCCACAUUGAUUGAGUGUGAUACCAUGCUGGCCUAUCGCCUGUGGAUUUUAUGGAAUUAUAACUAUGUCAUAGUCAUCAUACCAGCACUAGCUAUUCUUGGACAAUGUGUUACAAUGAUUGCAGCUAUGUAUCAACAGACCCACUUUCAAGCUGGUGUUUCAGAUGAAGUAUUUCUUGGUACCAUGAGCCACUGGAUUACCGCAGGGAAUGCUUGUACCUGGGUGACCAACAUCUAUAGCUCAUGUGGUAUAGCUUUCCGUGUCUGGUCUGUUCGCCAGCACUUGAGGCCAAUAGGAGGUCCAAAUAUCAUGAAUGUUCUUGUCACUGUUGUGGAGAGUGCCAUGCUCUAUCUGUUCUGGACCUUUUUCUUCUUGGUGGCCUACACAACAAAGAGUAACCUGCAGUACUUCUGCAUAGAUACUUUCAGCCCUAUUGCUGGCAUAGCUUGUAUGCUCAUUAAUGCCCGUGUAGGCUUAGGCUGGGCACAGAGAGCCUCCCCUCAUACUUCUUUGGGUUUGAGCUUUCCACAAGACAGUCAUAGUGUAGCCUAUACUGGACAGUCCUUUACCAUGAACCCUGUUGCAGUUACGAUUGCUACUAGUAUCGAGAGGGACGAUGGAGAAGAUCUGGGGCAGUCCCAAGUAAAGGUAGAUCUUUGUCAUGCUGCAUAGUUGUAUGUCAAUUAUGAUAGAUUUGAUCAUGCCAGUAUCUCCAUUUGAUCCCCUAGGUUCUAUCCAUUCAGUGAAAAUGCCCAUAUACUUGUUAUCAAGUACUCCAGCAAUGCCUGAGAGAGAAAGGUGCCUAGACAGCCAUGUCAUUGAUCUGGGUACAUUAUGGAUUGCAUGUCAUACACUGCUAGAUAGGCAUGAGCACCCCAGUAAUAUACACAGCUUCUCUCAGUGACAGACUGUAUCAGCUACCUCCAGCAGGUUGGAUUGCCUGCUGGCGAGGCCACUUUUCGAACUGGCCUGCUGACUGAUAGAUUGGAGCAUACCACGAGCCAUCGCCCUACGAUUGACCCGCUCAGUGCCGUCUAGCAAACGUUCGA